AUGCGGCAGAAUUUCUUGAUUCCAGAUCCUACUUGUGACUUGGAUUGGGGCGGAUUCCGUGGAGCAAUCCAUGACAUAUUCGCAGCCAAUGCGAAGCGAGUGCCUAAUAGGCAAUGUGUUAUUGAAACACGGAGCUCACGAAGUCCCGAGCGCGUCUUCACAUAUCGCCAGAUCAAUCAGGCCUCGAACCAGUUAGCACAUCACCUCAUAGCUCAUGGCUGCAAUGUAGGCGAUGUCGUCGUCAUCUAUGCCUACCGAGGCGUCGACCUUGUCGUUGCCUACAUGGGUGCUCUAAAGGCUGGCGCAACUGUCAGCGUCCUCGAUCCACAGUACCCUGGAGAGCGCCAAAAGGUUCUAUUAGGCGUUUCGCGACCCCAGUUUCUCAUCUGCAUCCAACGAGCCAUUGACGAGUUUGGUCAUCUUCCCAGCCUUGUCAGCGAUUUCAUCACCACCGAUCUGGACGUCAAGGCCACAGUCCCGGCGCUGCACCUUUCGAAUAACGGGCAACUAACCGGAGGCACUGUCAAGGGUCAAGACUGUCUCGCAGCCCAGGCACCCCUCAUGGAACACGACCCUGAUGUCACUGUUGGUCCCGAUUCUAUACCGACACUUUCGUACACCUCAGGCACUGAGGGAAUCCCGAAAGGCGUACAAGGACGCCAUUACUCCCUGACCUACUAUACGCCAUGGAUGGCAGAGAGGUUUGGCCUUUCGGAGACGGACAGAUUCACAAUGCUGUCCGGUAUUGCACAUGAUCCAAUUCAGCGGGACAUUUUCACGCCGCUCUUCCUGGGGGGAACGCUGAUCUGCCCCCCCGUCGAAGUCAUUACAUACGGGCUGCUAGCUGAGUGGAUGAAUGAGCAUAAGGCUACGGUGACUCACCUUACUCCUGCCCUUGGCCAGAUUCUUAUUGGCGGCGCCACGACUCAAUUCUCCUCACUUCGGAGGGCCUUCUUCGUUGGCGAUCUUUUAACCAAGAAGGAUUGCAGAAAGCUUUGCGACCUUGCACCCAACACAAGGGUGAUCAAUCUAUUCGGAUCCACCGAGUCGCAGCGUGCCGUCUCCUUCUUCGAGAUUCCAAGCAAAGCUGAGGACCCGGAUUUCCUUGACUCAUUGCCAGACAUCAUCCCUGUUGGCCAGGGCAUGUUGAAUGUUCAGCUGCUGGUUGUAGACCGUCAAGAUAGGAACAGACUCUGCGGAGUUGGCGAGACUGGUGAAUUAUUCAUCCGUGCCGCGGGUCUUGCGGAAGGUUAUCGUGGAGACGACGAGAGAACAAAGGAACUGAACCGGUCCAAAUUUGUGUCUAACUGGUUCGUCGAUCCUGCCAAGUGGAUUCGAGAGUCCGAGCCCCAAGACGCUUCUGUUGGUUAUUACAAGGGGCCGCGAGACCGUCUAUAUCGGACUGGUGAUCUAGGUCGGAUGCGCGAGGAUGGAAGUGUUGAGUGCACAGGUCGAAUCGAUACACAAGUUAAGAUCCGAGGUUUCCGGAUAGAAUUAAGCGAGAUCGACAUCUCCUUGUCCCAGCACCCAUACGUACGUGACAACAUUACAGUUAUACGGAGAGACAAAAACGAGGAGCAGACUCUAGUCACGUACUUUGUCCCCGAGACAAGGCGGUGGUUCCAACACCUCCAAUCGGAAGACGACCCAGAAGUUAUUGAGCAAGAGAUGACGUCCGAAACGAUGGCCAGCAUGCUCAGGCGGUUCAAGCUGCUAUCUGACGACUGCAAGAAGUUCUUGGCAGCCAAGGUUCCCAGCUACGCCGUCCCAAGCAUUUUCAUCCCCCUGGCUCGGAUGCCACUGAAUCCAAACGGCAAGAUUGACAAACCGGCGCUCCCUUUCCCCGACCCGGUGGAUCUUCUCUCGGGCGCCGAAAGGAGAGCCUCGUCAGUUGUCGCCAAUAUGACUGAUACGCAGAAAAGACUAGCCGCGGUGUGGGCUUCGGUUCUCCCCAAUCGCUCCGCACGAAUGUUUGUCCCGGAGUCUAACUUCUUCGACGAGGGUGGGCACUCCAUCCUCGCACAGCAAAUGUUUUUCCGCCUUAAGAGCGAAUGGAAGGACAUCAACCUGCCAGUUAGCGUUAUAUUCCGGUCUCAGACUCUCCAUGCCCUCGCCUUGGAGAUUGACAGAGCCCUGGAUCCUAUCGGUCUGCGAUUAGAUGCUAUGCCUCUUCCCGGAGAUGGAGAGUCUGAGGAUGAGUCGUACGCGGCUGACGCCCGGGAACUGCUGUCCCAGCUCCCAGACCGCAUCCCGCAGGCGCCGACAGAUUGGGACUACACGGCGACGCCACCUACUGUGCUCCUAACCGGCGCCACAGGCUUCCUCGGAUCGUACAUCCUACGUGAACUUCUCGAAGGCCCAGCAAAGGCACGUGUCAUUGUGCACAUUCGUGCGGGUGAUGCAGCAGCAGGUCUCGCACGCGUAGAGUCUACGGCAGCGGCCUACGGCCUCUGGUCUCCGGAGUGGUCGUCCAUGAUUGAGACGGUGGUGGGUGACAUCUCUAAGCCGUCCCUCGGCGUCUCCGAAGACACCUGGAAGCGCCUCUCCAACUCUGUAGACCUCAUCAUUCACAACGGCGCUCACGUCAACUGGAUGCUGCCAUAUUCAAGUCUAAGGGCGACCAAUGUGAUCAGUACUCUGGACUGCAUCCGGCUGUGCACGGAGGGGAAGCCCAAGCGACUGUGCUUUGUCAGCUCUACGUCAACUCUAGACACCAACCAUUACGUGCAGCUAUCGCGAGACCUCAAGACGGGUGUGCUGGAGACGGAUGACCUUCAAGGUAGCCGUAAGGGCCUCGGGACAGGAUAUGGGCAGUCCAAGUGGGCCAGCGAAUACAUUAUUCGCAACGCUGGGGCCAGAGGGCUUACAGGAGCCAUAGUUCGGCCUGGGUAUAUCACUGGAGACCCGGCGUCCGGUAUCUCUGUCACCGACGACUUCUUGGUACGGUUAUGGAAAGGCUGCCUGCAGGUCGGGGCACGCCCAGACAUCAACAACACGCUCAACGCAGUACCCGUUUCGCGGGUCAGCCGCAUCGUUGUCGCCGCAGGAUUGCUACUUCCUACCGUGACCGGGCAGUCUCUCAGCGUAGCCCAGGUCACCAGCCAUCCGCGACUGAAGCUCAACGAGUGGAUUGGCGCUAUGGAGCUCUAUGGAUACCGUACGCCUCUCGUACCGUACCGAGACUGGUGCGCCAAGGUUGUCGAGUACGUAGAGGAUGAGGCCAACGAGGAGCAUGCCUUGCUCCCACUAUUCCACUUUGUGACGGGGGACCUGCCUGCCAAUACCAUCGCCCCGGAGAUGGACGAUUCACAAGCUACAGCCGCUCUAGAACUCUACGACAAGAGAACAAGCUCUGGCGCCCCCGGUGGACCGCAGGCUGUAGAUAUAGGCACCAUAGGCAUGUACCUUGCGUAUCUAGUGGCAGUUGGAUUUCUACCCGCACCAGUGCAGAAGGGUGAGCAAGAAUUGCCCGAGGUGGACGUCAGUAGGCUACAAGCUGUGAAAGAUGCGCUAGGUGGUAGGUCAGCGAAGAGCUAA